AUGGCAUCAUUGAGUGUUUUCGCCUGGUUGAAAUUCAGAGGGCAACAAACAAACAAACGACCACCUUGCAGUGUUAAAACCAGACCAUUAUGUGACUCCUGCAUUAUGUCCCGUCCAUGCAGCUCUGGCUUGUCCUGGUGUUUUCUCUGCUUUUUGCUGGCUAUUGGCUCACACCAUGUCCGAUCUGCUCCAGAUUUCUAUGAUUUCCUUCACACUGUGUUGAGGAACCACACGGCCCACGCAUGUGAGGGAGAGACGCUGACCAUCAGGUGUCCCUCAAAAACCUCAGUGGCUGUUUUGUCUACAUUCUAUGGACGGCGAAUACCAAGCCAGCACUUAUGCCCCAACGCAAAUGCAAACGUUACAGAGGAAAGCACAGAAUGCAUGUCCACCAUCGCCAUACAGAAAGUGGUGUCCGAGUGCCAGGAUCGGCGAGCAUGUCAGAUUCCUGUGGCAAGUCCAGUGUUUGGACAAGAUCCCUGCCCUGAAACCAGCAAGUACAUCCUGGUUUCCUACAAGUGUCGGCCCGCACAUCAUCGCUUGCGGACAGCAUGUGAGAACGAGAGGCUGAGGCUCGUCUGCAAGAACAACACCGUGCUGGCCAUCUACUCUGCCACGUUUGGCUACCUGGAGUAUGACACCCCUGUAUGCCCUCAAGGGGUGCCAACAAAGCCUGACAUGGAGUGCUUGUCUUCAUCAGCCAUGAGAAGGGUAUCAAGGAAAUGUCACGGCAGAACGAACUGCACUGUGCUGGCCAGUGUGCAGAACUUUGGUGACCCCUGCUUCCCUGGAACCAGCAAACAUCUGCGAGUGUCUUUCACAUGUGUUCCGAGGUAUUUGCUGGAAGAUGUAGGACGUGGAGGGGCAGAUCCUUUCCGAAUCUCUGAUUAUACACACGGUGGCUGGUACACUGGCCCUGGUGUGUACAGACCACAAAACAUUUUCACCAACACUUUGGAAAUCUUUUUCCACAUCCUGGGGCUUCCAGAGACAGUGGCUCUGUACUUUGUCUCAGGAAUAUGCACUGGUUUGGUCUUCCUGCUGUGUCUGUUUGGUGUGAAAUCUACACUGGUGCGAGAUGUGAAGGGCUUGAUGUCCGAUCUUGAGGAUGAGAUCAAGACAGCACGCAGAUCACGCCAUGGGCUGAUCAAUGAUGACAAUAUCUCCCUCGACUCUUCCUUUCCUCGCCUUACACACCCUUACCGUGGAGCUGACGUGUUCAGCCCAGAGAUGAUCAUGACAGUGGUUAUGGAGGAGAAGAGACACGAGGACAGGGACAAAGCAGAGGUGACAAAUGGAGACAUUUGGCCACAGUGCAAUUCCAGCCCUUAUGCCAUCCAUAAGACCAAGCUUUCUUCUGCUUGACUUUAGAAAUAAGCG